AAACAAAACAUUUUCGUAAAAUAGUGGAACGAAAUUAAUAUUUUUAGAAGUUCUCAGCUUGAGAUAUUGAGUGCGCCAUGGAGCAUACACCGAAAAACCACACUGAAUUAGAAGUAACCGGUGUGUCCCGUAGUGGAAGAGUUUGUAAGAAAUCUUCGAAACUAAUGGAUUUUCAGUCUCCGGAUGAUAUUUCCGAUGCCAAACAGAAGAAAGCGCAGAAAUUGAAACUUAACAGUUCUGGAUCUACAUCCUCGGGUUUGGAGUAUUUGGCCGACAUUGCUGCCGAUAUUCCAUUGGACGAUGGUGAGCCUCUCUCUGAUUCGGGAGAGGACGACAACGAGUCCACUAUGGAUUCUGAGGACGAUGAUGGCUCGGAUAUAGAGGACAUGGAUGGAACACAAGAGGAAGACGAGAAAAGUGAUAGCGAACUGCUCACUGAGAUGGCUCCGAAGCGUAGCUUAUACAUGUUGGAAAAAUCUUCCAAAUACAAGAAGAUUUUUAAAGACGGAAAAGUUGUUACAGGUAAAACUGAGCGGAAGGAUAAAGGUAAGCGUCGAUUUACUGCUUAUAUGCUGUGGGCGAAGGAAGCAAGAAAGCAAAUGCUGUCGAACCCAGAUCUUGAUUUCGGAACAAUUUCUAAGCGGCUUGGUGAAAUGUGGGCCAAUGUACCGAGUAAUCAGAAGCAUAAUUGGAAACGCCGUGCUAAGCGAGUAGCCAACAAAUUUAAACAAAAUAAAGAAAAAGCCAUGGAUUCCCCUUUUGUGAAACGAUACUUGCAUCUAGAGCAAGGUAAUGCAGCCGCUGGACCCAACGUUACAACAUGCUCUUCAACAGUUAGCAACAAUAGUCUCAACUCAGCCAGAGGAAAAAAGGCACAACUGAAGGCAAAUAUUACUGUUGAUACUAAAGCCCCUGCUGCGUCCAGUACUCAUCUCUCACCGGAAUCUCCAACAAAAAGUGGCCAUGCGAAGCUUCCCGGUUGCCAACCAUCCGAUGUUGCAGCACAUUUGAAGCUACUUGGAGAUAGUUUGACUAUCAUUGGUGAGCGGCUUAAGGAGCAUGAGGGUCAAAUCGCUGUCUCGGGUAGUCUUUCAGUGCUCUUGGACAGUUUGCUAUGCUCUCUUGGACCCUUGAUGUGUUUAACUAUACACAUUCCGGGAUUACAGCCAGAUGUUGAGCAUCUAAAGGAAGUUUUUCAAAAUACGUUAGAUAACAUUGCAUACGUAAUGCCAGGUUUGUAAGCUGUGCAGCGUA